AUGCACGAUUUCAAGAGGGGCAACGGAGUGAUUCGAGUGAUGCUGUCGGGGUAUGGGCCGCUGCUGGUGCGUGCAUACGUCUACGUCACCAACAAUGAGAUCUAUGGCGCCUACCUACCAGUGUUGUUCCAGUUUGGGGUGGUGGGGGCAGUGUUCAAGAACAACCACGUGCAUGACUAUGUGUGGGCUGCUAUCACGUGUGGCAACAUGGUUCACUUGCAGGGCGACUGCAUGCUAACUUCAAUUUCCAACAACCUCGUUGUAGCAAAGGGCCGGAACCUGACAGGGGGGGGUGACGCCACGGGGAUAUACUACGUAACACACUGGAAUAACCCGGGUAAUUUGGCGGAGUGCAACUACGUUAUCGGGGGUGACCACUGCUACUACCUGGACUAUGCCAGCUCGGGUGUGACUAUACGCGGAGGGGCUUGUAUCGGGAUGGUGGAUGGCAUGAAGGUCAACAACGGGAAAUGGAACCGCAUCUCCCACGUGGUGAUGAAGGGCACGGAGCUCACGCCAGGGUGGUGCACGUGCCUCACUGCCACCGUGUGCAACUGCCUCAAGGACCCCGGCAACUACUGGGACCGCAUGCAAGCCAAGUACUACAGCAGCGCCGUGUUUCAGCAGAGAUGGCCCUGGAUGAAGAACACUUGUUCCGAAUCAUCCGUUAACGGGACUCCGUGUAACACAAACGCGCCGGGCACCUUAAAGGACACGGAGACAGGCAAGUGCAGCGGGCUGCCCACAAAUAAUUACAUCGACCUGGUAUUGGUCGACGUGCAAGAUGCCGACAUGAAUUACCGUUACUGCGAGCAGUUGCCGAAUGUGCCCAAGUUAAACACGCAUCGGCAUAUCAAUUCUGCCAGUAUGGCGUGCAUGAGCUUCAUGGAUGCGCUUAGAGUAGCCGCUAAGACGAAAGAAGCUCCAUCGGAAUGGUUCGGCUCCAACGGGUGGCCUGCAGAAUGUCAAGAGCCCAUUGCCAUUCCGAAUCUGAAAAAGAGAAAGCAGUGCGAGUCUGAGCCACCUCGGCUCAAGCCAAGGACCCUCCCUGUCUCAUCCGGAGCACCUACCACUUCCACCUCUUCCACCAAGCUUCUCGUUCUCCCGGACCUGGCAACUCUCAUGCCUCGGUCCGAGCAUCGUUCCGAGCCUCCUUUGGUCCGCUCCAAUACAUCUGUGCCAGCUCGUCAGCCGUUGGAUGCUCCCCGUUUGGUCCGUGCCUGCACCACCACCAACCGUGGGAUGCGCCGAGAUUCUCAGAAUGACACGCUUCCUACUCAGAAUCCCUCGCUUUCUUCUCGGCCUGCUCACUCUUCUGGGUGUGUAACCGCUUCUCAGCACCCACCGCCGCCUUCGCGUUUCGCUCCCAACGGAGCUGUCAAUUUCGAUUUCCACGAUGCUGCUACGGACUGGGUGAAAGCCGUCGCGUCGUCGUUAAGAGGAGAGUACGUCGUUCCGCCGCCAGCGCCGGGACGGAAUCAGCUGACGGAAUCCGUCCCGGAAAAGCCUGCCCAGGGGGAGCGGAGCAAGAUGGCUCAGCAGCUUGACUUUCGCAUCCAGAUGCAGCAGCAGGAUGACGCCAAGCACGAAAAGAAGCUCAGCCUCUCCGAAAUUCUCCAGUGGGAGGCCGAAAUGGUUUCGUCUGUCUGUCCCAAAGCGCGUCCCGCCCCUCCAACGGUUAAGAUUCCGGUUUUUAGUUUCUCGGAUCCUCUGGAGGUGAAGCCUGCAGUGACGAAUCAGACUGCUGACGUGGAAGCCGAGAAAUUGGACGAUAAGCUAUUUAUUGAUGAGCUGCUUAUGGAAUUCGACAUGUACUCCAUGGCAACUCCCGCCGCUGUUCCGGGUUCCAACGCGUGGGAGCCUGCUGUUCCGCCGACGCCCUCGGGCAUCCCUCCCACGCCGUCUGCUCCGGCUGGCGGAUUCGCUUCGCUAUGGUCGGAGGCUUGGACUGAUGGCUUUAACGUGGACCUGUCGAGCCUGGCUGGUAACCCGGCGCUGUGGUGA